GGUUGGGGCCAUUUCCCUCAUACACAAAGCUCUCUCGAUACAUACUAGGUACCGCUUUUCUUUCUUCUUCACCAGCGAACUAGCUGUACGUGUACGGUGCAUCAUUGUAUGGCAGCCAAUACCAAGACCCAGGUGGUUGCUCUUAGCUUCGGCAAGCGUUUCAUCAACCUCAUCUGGGCGGCCUCCAAACCCCGCCAUCCCUCUCUCCCCUCUCCUCUCUCUACUACUCUCACUCUCAGGGCUGUGCACACCUCAGUGUAUGACAAGAAUCCGGAAGACCACACUCCGACUGUGGUUCCAGACCAUCUAAUCCCGCCUCAACCUGAAACCUACUGGACUCCGCACCCUCAAACUGGAAUAUUUGGACCCUCUGCUAAACAUACCUCGACUACAGCUGGAGAUCGUGGCUUCUACUCCUCAACUGUGGAUGGUGGUGAGGGAUCUGUGCUCGAGGAGAAGGCUUGGUUCCGCCAUACCGGUGUCGAGGACUUGGAGAAGCCUCAUGCACUCUAACCACUACCCGCACGGUUGAGGAGGAGUUGAUUUAUAUAAAUAGCUGAAUAAGUCUAGUAUAGAUGAGGCGCCUGUGGCCCAUCAUGCAGUAUUUUGGUCUAACAAACAAGACUGGUUUUUAUUUCCCUAGUAUGGCAAGUAGUGGAGCUGGGAGUGAUACAUAUUACAUAAGGGAAUCUCGAUAUCUAUGUGGUUGUGGCAGCUUAUGUAUGCACCAUACUUGCGUGUUAUCAAAGUCUUGGUUAUGUUUAAGUGGCUGUGAUCUUCUCUCCCUUGCUCUUUUGUUUCUGUGUUUUAUGAGUACUGAUACAUUUCAUUUUGAAUCUUA